CUCACUCCUCCCCUAUUUUCUGUCUCUUUUAGAUUUCAGCUCUCAUUUGAAUGAGCGAGUUCAGUCCUCUCUGGUCUUUUAGGUUGAAGAAACAAUGAAGCUAAGCAGAAGAGAGGUUCCUAUUUAUGGCCAAGCAAAGGUUUUUGCACUGAUACCAUCGGUUCAGGAGGAAGAGGUUUUUGUGGUUUUAGAUGGCUCAACUCUAUUACAUGUUCUGCAAACUAAAGUUCACAACAUGCUCUACUUCAUUGUUCCAGGUCAUAACCAGCCGGAGAUGGUGCGAGUCCGAGCGUAUAUAUUUACAGAUGAUGGUGUGAUGUGUGUGGGUGUGUCUCAUCUGACAUACAUGGAGGAUGACGCGCAGGAGCUGGCUGAAUACCUGGUUACCCAUAGCGACUGUCUCAGCACCACUGAGCACAGACUUCUGAUUGGUCGAUAUGGUUUGAAUGACAACUCUGCAAGGGCAGAUAUGGAUCAAAGGGUCACACUCGCCCUAGCCAACCUACACACCCCUCACAAUCUUCUCGGACAGCCAUCACAAGAAUCUCUCCUGCAUGUGUGUGUGCGUCUGGGCUUUGUGAGCGCCUCUGAGUUUCUUCUCUGUCAACCUGGCGCCCUGAUGAUUAUCUGCUCAGCCAAUCAGGAUGGGGAAACACCCCUUCAGCUGGCCCAACAGACCAAUCAGCACACGCUGAUAAAACUCUUCAAGCAGCCUCCUAAUCCAUUAGCCACGCCCCUGGCAGGCGUGUCACAAGUGUGGGCAGGUAAAUCCCACCUCCUCAGGUUUAGCCACGCCUCUGGGAUGCUGUCUCUGUCUGUGUGUGUAUCGGAGUCCUGUCCUACUACACAAACCUUACAGUCAUCCAUUUUAUUGCUGCAAGAGUGUGUGAAGGACUCUGCUCUGCUAAACAAGAUUAAAGGUCUGAAAGUGGAUACAGAGAGAAGAGCUGAAAGCGACACUCUGUUUUCAUACUCAGGAUCACCAUACUCUCUGCUUCACAAUGUGUGGUUUAACAAUUCCAUUCAGGAUGAAGAUGAGGAACUUUUGUCAUCUGACGACUCUGUAGAUGGACUCACUCACACUGAUUCAACAACCAGUUCACUCACUGACUCCAGUGUUACCAUAACAAACAGCAUCAACACUCUGCAGGCUGGUGAGGAUCAGUCAAUUUAUCCUCAGGAAUCUUUUGACUCUUUCGAGUUUGAAUCAGACUCUACAGCAUCUGAACAAGACUCUCCAGUCCAAGACAAAUUACCCAUCUGUAGUCCACAGGACGAGCCGUUCCCCUUCAGUGAUGAAGAAACAUCCACAGAGAUCAGAUGUAUGUGGUGUAACAAGUCAGAGGAAGAAGAGAAAGAGAAAUUCAUCCCUACAUCCAAAAGUGAGACGGAGAAAUAUAAAGUGAGUCGAACACUUAGCUUUCUCAGGAGCCGGAUGGUCAACACCAAAAUAAAAAACAAGGUAAAUGCAGAGGUUUCCUCAGCCUUACACCAGCUCUGCUCACCACAGCAGCCUGUUGAAGCAGCUUGUGAAGUCUGUGAGGGAGCUGACAGUGAUGAACCACAGCAGUGCACAUACUGCUCCAUGAUCAUUCAUAAGACCUGCUGUGAUUCUGCACCUCUGUGUGUAAAGAAUCCUCAUCAGGCACUUCUAAAAAGCACUGACUCUUCAAUAUUACUAUAUUCGUCAAGUCAGAGUUCUCCAUCUCUGUUUCUGGUCAACGACAGCAACACCAUGUCACACAGAAAGCGGAGUAACAGUGAGGGGUGUGGCUAUGAUUUCACUCUACGGAAAAGCAAAUCUUUUAUUGGUUGUUCUUCUGGAAACCCCACCUCCAAUUCUACUGAUUCUUCAGCUCACAUAUCACUUGACUACUCUGCUGAAUCUUGGAGCGCUGUCGUGGACACUGAAUUCAGUAGGACACUGGACAGAGAGGUGGUCAAGAGACAGGAGAUCAUCUAUGAGCUGAUGCAGACAGAAUUUCACCACAUACAGACUCUCUCUGUUAUGGCUGAUGUUUUGAGGCGGGGACUGUUGGAGGAAGUGCAGCUGGAGCAGGACGUGAUCGCUCAUAUUUUCCCCAGGCUGGAUGAGCUCUUAGCUUUGCACAGAAACUUUCUUGUAGACAUGGAGACCAGACAGCGUGUGUCUGUUCACCCAGGAAUGCACAAGAACUACAUCAUAAGACAAAUUGGUGAUAUCCUGUGUCAACAGUUUGCAGGCCGAAAUGCUUCUCAGAUGAUAGAAUUGUACGGUGAUUUCUGCAGUCGGCAUCCAGAAGCACUGAAAAUUUAUAAGCAACUACUACAGAGCAACAGGAAAUUACAAUUAUUUCUCAGACAGCAGAGUACCAACUCUGUCAUAAAACGACGUGAAAUCCCAGAAUUCCUGUUGCUUGUUACCCAGAGAAUCACAAAGUACCCUGUUCUGAUAGAGAGACUCCUUCAACACACUGAUGAUGGCAGUGCUGAACGCUAUGAUAUUGCAGUGGCACUGGAGGGUCUUAGGGGGGUGAUAGAGGAGGUGGAGCGAUGUGUGGGAGAUUAUGAGCGUGCAAAGAAACUACAAGAUAUCAUAAGUCGCCUAGACAACAAGAGCUGCACCCGCCUGAAGAACGGAGAGAUCUUCAGCAAACAGGACCUGCAGAAAACACACCGAACUCUCACACACUCUUCAGCACUGACCUGUAGGACCACCUCUGGCAGACUGAAAGAUGUUCUUGCGCUGCUCCUCACAGAUGUUUUGGCUUUCCUUCAGGAGAAAGAGCAGAAGUUUGUCUUUGCUGCACUGGAGCAGAAGUCAUCUGUGAUGCCCUUGCGAAGGCUCAUUGUGAGGGAAAUAGCCAAUCAGGAGAGAGGACUGUUUCUGAUCAGUGGCGAUUGCUCUGUGGGGCCAGAGAUGUAUGAGAUACACACACAGACUCGUGAGGAACGCAACAUGUGGAUGACGCUGCUGAGACAGGCUGCUGAUAGCCUUCCUGAUGAUCAGACGAAGAAGAAUGAGGGGGAAAUCAAAGUCAAGAAGAUACAGAAAUUACAAGAGGCGCUGUUCUCUCUGGAUCUGCAGCUGUGCUCUGUUAUUGAGGAGAAGUUAAAGAUCUGUAGAGGGACUGGUAGAUGGUGUCUGGCUACCUGCCGUCUUCUCGUUCAACCCCACCCUGAAAACACCCCUCAGGGUGUCACAUUACUGUCUGACGCACAGGAAGAGGUGGUGAAGCUGGCUAUCACUUUGUUGACUUGGCUUUUUCCUUGCAUAUGGUCACCAAGUAACCAUGACAACUUUGGCCAGGAAAGAGCAAUCUAUAAUGAACAAAAUUUGCCAAGUCGGAGCAGGAGGAGUGCUGUGGUAGGAACAGGGGUGGGGCCUCUCACAGUAGCCCCAAUAAGCCCCGCCUACCAGACUUAUUUAAAGGUAGCGGAUGGCGUUCACAACUUAAUCCACAUACUCUACAGUCUGCAGGCUGCUAUAAUAAUCCAAGACAGCUGCUUUGAAGUUCAAAAUCUCCUCCUCCUCGAGGGAGAAGCUCCACCCCAAACUCUUACAAGUGAUUAUGAUGUCAAAAGGCAGCAGAGUUUUGAGUGUGGCGUGGUCGGCGGGACUGAGGCUGUGAAAGAACUGGAGCAGAGAGAGAGAGAGCAUGCUGAACUGACGGACAGACUGGCGAAAGAGAAAGAGCAGUUUGAGGAGGAGCUGCGGCUGUUUGAGGAGAAGAUGAGCAAGCUGAGAGAGGAGGAGAAGAGAGUGAACGAAGAGAGAGAGAGAUUCAAAGAAGAGGGGAAGAAAGUGCAGAAAGAGAGGAAGAGUCUGGAAACACAGAUAAGACUCAUUCGACAUAAUUCAAAUCAUCGUCAAGGCAUCUUGCCUUCUAUCAUAUCACAGGAGAAAUGAUAUGCAUUUA